CUGCCCGAACCAAAGAAAAUUUUUGACGAAGAUUGUUAGAGAUUUCCGUUUUUAAUUAACAAUGAUGAAUUAAUUAGCGCAGUAACUAGGACAAGUUGUAACUUCAGUCAUUUUUACUUCUUCACGUCAAUAGGAAGCGAUGGCUGUGCUGGGCGCCCAAUUGGUCAUCACUUUGGUGAUGGUCAGCGUCAUCCAGAAGCUGAGCCCCCAUUACUCCUUCGCCAAAUGGAUUCUCUGCCGCACCGGCCUGCAUCGAUACCUACAUCCCACCGACGACGAGUUGCGAUCCCGUGGCGGGGUGCCCAAGGAGAAGCCACCAAAAGGUGGUCGGAAUAAACAGGCAAAUGGGACUGGUGGAUCGGGCGCACAGUUUCACAUACCGCGCAGCAUCGAAGUGGAGCUGCUAACAUCACCGGUCCUUGAACGCGAUGUCAUCCAUCUGCGAUACUUUACCGAGUACCAAUGGCUUCUGGACUUUAGCGUCUAUACAGGAAUAGUAUACGUGAUAUCUGAGUUGUUCCACUUUUAUUACCCGCUGCGACAAGAGAUUAAUCUGAGCAUGGUGUGGUGCCUGCUGGUCAUCUUCUUUGCCCUAAAGCUUCUCUCUUCGCUUACGGUGCUCUACUUCCAGAGCGAGGAGUCUAUAGGAGAGAGGUCGAUGGUAAUCGUGGCCUGUCUUGUUUACCUGUUAGUGGCCAUGGUCGUUUUGAUCGUGGACGAGCGCAUCCUGGAGACGGGUCUGGAGGAUGCCUAUGCGAGUUUUAAUGCUAGCGCUUCCAAGUUCCUCACCGAGCAGGGCCUGCCAUCGUCUGGUCCUGCCUCCAAGAUCGUGGUCAAAUUCUUUUUGGCAAUGGGAUGCGGACUGCUCGGCUCGCUGUUUACUUUCCCCGGCUUGCGGAUGGCCAAGAUGCACUGGGACUCACUAAACUACUGCCGUGGCAAUCGGAUGCUGCAAGUUCUCCUAAAUCUUAGCUUUGUGCUGCCCUUCAUCCUGGUCAUUCUGUGGAUUCGCCCCAUCAGCCGUGACUACCUGACGGUGCGUGUCUUCCAGGGAAUGCAACAGCCAUUACUAAAGCCGCACGUUUUUGAGACUCUCCGCCUGCUGCUAGUGAUCCUUGUGGUUGUUGUCCGUUUUGCUCUGAUGCCUAUAUAUCUGCAAUCGUACCUGAAUCUGGCCCAUGACAAGAUCCUAGAUCUACGAAAGGAGGCCGGCCGGAUCACCAAUGUAGAGUUUAAGCAGAAGAUCUCGUCGAUUUUCUAUUAUCUGUGUGUUGUGACCCUGCAAUUUGCUGCACCUCUGAUUCUAUGCCUUUAUCUCACACUAAUGUACAAGAGCCUGGGCGGUUUCAGUUGGGCAGGCAUUUUUCGGGAAAGCGUUGUCCUGCAGCACGAGUGUGCGGCCAGCGAAGUGGAGCCAGUUGGUGGUGUCGGGCCCCAAGGAGAUGGUGAUUUCAAUAUACUUGAAUCGGCACAAUCGCUGCAGGCGUCAUUCAGUAGCCUAAAAAAUGUCUUCUCCACAGAGGUUUACAAGGGCUUUCUGGGCUUUGCAACCUGGUGGAGCUACUUCACGCUGUUCGCCACUUCUUCGCUGGGUAUUGUCUACCAGUCAUAUUUCAACAAGACCUAAGGCCAUAUAUUUAUACACCUUGAAUCCUUUAAGUAAUAUGACUAUUCUUUUGUAGUCUAUUUGCAUCGCACAUGGAACUAAUAUAGUUUUCUACACAUGUGGCAAAUAUAGGUUUUCACCAUGUUUUGUAAAUAAUAUAAGUUUUCUUAUUGUUUAUAAAGUGCGUAAUAAAGACUUACCAAGCUGCCCUAAGAGUAACCAAAGUCAAUAACACAGAA